AAUCUUCGUUCAGUCUCUCGCUCGCUUCCUCGCUGGUCCGGUGUCACCCUUCGACUCUACACACACAUUUAUCUCUCCCUUUCUAUCCCUCAUAAGCCUCAUCACUCCUCCAUCUGUUUCACCCUCCGUUGCUGCAAGUCCUCCAACUUUUACAUCCUUCCUUUCCCGUCCUCGGCCUUGUCCUUGAGGACUUUUGAGAGACUAGCUUCUCUCCUUAUCCACUUUCGUUUCACCUGUCCUCGCUUCCUCUCACUCGAGACAGGAGCUUCACCACGUCUGGACGUACUGCGGAAGCUGGUCUCUCGCAUUGACUCCAUUUACAUCAUCGGUACCAACGUUCGCUAUACACAAAGCAUCAUAACAAUCGCCUGCUCCUCGCCGAUUCUCUGGCCUGAUCUGUCUCCCUACCAUCCCCUUUCCGCAGCUACUGUCCUUACUGCCAAUCACACCACGCUUCAAGAUCAUUGACGAAAGAGCUUGGGACAUCUCUGUGCAGUAUUGAAUAGCACAUCAAGCAGCGGCAGCAGCGGGAAAGUCAGUGACGACUACCCACCCCAUCCAUACCACCGCCAUUUUUGGCCGCGUCAACAGUCCCAUCCGCGUCCAAUGUACCCCUCAAGCGGUGCGCCGAUGGCUCAACCGCAGAAGCCCGAAACUUUUAUGCUCUCGAACGAGGCACAACAGAGCUUGCCCCAGGAUGCGCAAGUCGCCCUGCAGCAAGUUGACAACCUCAAAUACUUUCUGAUCUCCGCCCCUGUGGACUGGAGCCCCGACUCUUUAAUCAGAAGAUUCCUCCUGCCCACCGGUGAAUAUGUUUCCUGUGUGCUAUGGAACAAUCUCUUCCAUAUCUCCGGUACUGACAUCGUGAGAUGUCUGUCUUUCCGUUUUCAAGCUUUCGGUCGCCCGGUCAAGAACCCCAAAAAAUUCGAGGAAGGAAUUUUCUCCGAUCUGCGGAAUCUCAAGUCAGGGACAGACGCGUCGUUGGAAGAACCCAAAAGUCCUUUCUUGGACUUCCUGUACAAGAACAACUGCAUCCGAACGCAGAAGAAGCAGAAGGUCUUCUAUUGGUACAGCGUGCCUCAUGACCGCCUAUUUCUCGAUGCUCUCGAGAGGGAUUUGAAGCGCGAGAAGAUGGGCCAGGAGGCGACCACAAAAGCCGUGGCUGAGCCAGCUCUUUCAUUCGAGUUCGACUCCUCCCAAUCGCUCUUUGAGCAGCUCACCAAGGCCCAACAGGCCAACUCAUCAUCAUUCGCAACUGCCAACUCAAAUGUGGCAUACUCCCAGUCGACCUCCCCCGUCCUUCGUGCAGCAGACUCGAUGCCCCCUCCGCAAAUGGUACCUCAGAUGCCCAGGUCCCAGGAGCAACCACAUCCCAUGUACACUAGCAUGGCUAUGCAGACUCCCAUGACUACCACAGCGAUGUCGCGGGAGCAGGAUUACUCCGCCAUUGCCUACGAUCGGAACGGGAUGCCCUAUGACCGCUCGCACAUGCGACAUGCCUCCAUGCCUGCUUACAUGGAAUACUCGCCUGCUCCUUCAUUCGUGUCUUCACAUUUUGAGGAUUAUAGCACAAGAGGUUUAUCAUAUGAGCCCAUCACACCUCCUCAGCACGCGGUGCCGGUCGGUUCCGAGCCUGCCUACAUUGCCAACGAAGAUACCGGCCUGUAUUCGGCCAUCCCGGAAAUGCAGCAAAUGCAUGCUUACAACCCUAUGGCUUCACUCCCACCCUCUACGCUCGCAGGCCCAACUUAUGCAGCCGCGCCUCGCGCCUUCCCACCGGCAAACGUUUACUCUGUGAUUGAAGGUUCCCCAACCUAUAAAGCAAGGAGGCGCCGUUCCUCGAUUCCUUCAUCGAUCAUGAAUGCUGUUGCAGCCAAUGCCGUCGCCCAGGUCACCCAUGGCAUGAAGACGCAUAUGCCCCAAAGACCCAGUGACCUCCGACGCUCCAUGUCCAGCUCCGUCCUGCCGAUUGCCGAGGGAGAUGAGCAUGCAGGUCAGUCGCCACCAGGACUCCCACACAGCUACAAAGUGGAUCAUCUCCAUGACUUUUCGCGUCACACAACUCCCCUGGCCAGUCUAGAGGAAGAUCCUGUGCACUCGAUGAACAUGGUGACUAGCGCUGAAGGCAUGUCCGGCCUCAUUGGAGACGAUAUGCAUCCUCCCUCGAUGCAGGCCAGUCCUGCGGUUCGGUUAGAAAGACCGGGCCCAAUUCGGAGAGCACGAAGUGCGACCAUGAUGGAGCUUGGUGUACCUUACAAGUCACAUUCUUGCCCAAUCCCCAGCUGUGGCCGACUUUUCAAGCGCCUCGAGCACCUCAAGCGGCAUGUUCGAACCCACACUCAGGAACGCCCCUACGUCUGCCCUUAUUGCAACAAAGCGUUUUCGCGCUCAGACAACCUUGCUCAGCACCGCCGCACCCAUGAAUCUCAACAAGAUGGCCAAUCUGCUCCAGUAAUCAGCGAAGAAGAGCUCGAAAACGAAGAAGCCGAGUUCGGCUCCAUGGACGAGCUUUCUUCUCCUGAUGAAGUCACACGUCCUACAAGCGUGUCUAGUCUGAUGCCCAUGUCGAUGCCACCUCCAUCAACGCUUCUCAUGCAACCCAUGUCACAUCCAAUGAUGGCACCCAGUCAACUUGUCCAACCUUCCAUGUUGCAAAAUCUGUAGCCAUUUUCUGACACGAAGAGAUGUUGUGCUGUUUUGUUUUUCUUGCGCACUUUUGCGAGGAUUGGUAAAAGGAAGAGAUGAUGUACUCACGAUCAACGAGAGUCCAGCCCUCGAGGCAGCGACGAGGGCGACCAAUGACCUCUUUAGACGCUUUGACGCUUAAGCAUUGAACGGAGCGCUUUUCGAGGCGUUACACGCUAGGAUCACCUCAGCGUGGUAUACUUUGGGAGGCUUGCUGAGGUUGUCGAUGUAUAAAUUUCUUUGAACGAUUUUUGAAAAAGGGGGUUUUGGGUCACUUCCGACCUGUGGCCAUCUUGAGACAUGGCGCUGCCUGGACCAACUGUACAUAUAGCUGCCAUUUAUUGAGCGUUUGCACUUUUGCAUAUCGCGGAGAGAAGAAGUUGAUCUAAGACUUGGUCCCAUGAGUUUUCUUUCGUAUUUGACGCCUAC